CACACAGCAGGUAGAGAUGCACGAUCGCGACGCGCGGGUCAUGCUGUGAUGCGUUCAGGCUCCUGCGCUCCGUCCGACAAACGACGCUGCUGGUGCUGCUGUUGCUGCUGCACCUCUUCAUCGGGAACAACCUCGAGGAGAACAUCAUCGCAGCAUCGCCGGCAACCGGUUCCUUGUGCAUUGCGCACCUCCCUCCGACCACCAGCUCCUCAAUCAGCCCUCCUCCUCCUCCUCUUCGCCUCCUCCUUCUCCUCCUCAGCCUCGUCGCCACCGGAGGGGAGUUUUUCCUGUGUACUUUGCAGGGGGAGAAGAACACAAUAGCAGUCCGAUAAGCUGCAGCAGCCAUGGGAAAGCAGAACAGCAAGCUGACACCUGAGGUGAUGGAGGACCUGGUGAAGAACACGGAGUUCAAUGAGCACGAGCUGAAGCAGUGGUACAAGGGCUUCCUUAAAGACUGCCCCACCGGAAGACUCAACCUGGAGGAAUUCCAGCAACUCUACGUCAAGUUCUUCCCGUACGGCGACGCUUCCAAAUUCGCACAGCACGCCUUCCGCACCUUUGACAAGAACGGCGACGGCACCAUCGACUUCCGAGAGUUCAUCUGCGCCUUGUCCAUCACGUCGCGCGGCAGCUUCGAGCAGAAGCUCAAUUGGGCCUUCAACAUGUACGACCUGGAUGGGGACGGCAAGAUCACCAGGGUGGAGAUGCUGGAGAUUAUCGAGGCCAUCUACAAAAUGGUGGGCACGGUGAUCAUGAUGAAGAUGAACGAGGACGGCCUGACACCGGCGCAGCGGGUGGACAAGAUCUUCAGCAAAAUGGAUAAGAACAACGAUGACCAGAUCUCGCUGGAGGAGUUCAAGGAAGCGGCCAAGAGCGACCCGUCCAUCGUGCUGCUGUUGCAGUGUGACAUGCAGAAGUGAAGACCCCGCCCCUCGCCCAUUUGCCCCGCCCCCACCACCUCCUGCACCACCCUCUCUCAACGCCACCACUGCUCACUCCCCGAGCCCCCUCCCCGUCACCCUGCUUGAACACACACACACACACACACACACACACACACACACACACACACAAGUACACACCCUGGACAGCUGUUUAAAUGUCUCAUUCCACGGGGGGUAAAGAAAGAAAAAAAACAAAA